AUGCUGGUGUUGGGAUGUAGCCCAAUUGAGAUAGAUGCAGAGAUAGCAGUGAAGAAACUGGCAGUUCAGGGGAGACAUGAUAGAGUCUUAAUUAAAGUAAUGGCAGUGAAGAUGAUGGUGGACAGGCCAAAAGCUCAGCAAGUUCGAACCUCUAGUACAAUAAGGCGAACCUCUUCUUUGGAUACGAUAACAGGACCUUAUCUCACAGGACAGUGGCCACGGGAUCCUCAUGUUCAUUACCCUUCAUGCAUGAAAGAUAAAGCUACUCAGACACCUAGUUGUUGGGCAGAAGAGGGUGCCGAAAAGAGGUCACAUCAGCGUUCUGCAUCAUGGGGGAGUGCUGAUCAACUAAAGGAGCAGAUUGCCAAACUGAGGCAGCAGCUACAACGUAGUAAACAGAGCAGUCGGCACAGUAAAGAGAAAGAGCGUCAGUCACCUCUUCCUGGCAACCAUGUAACCAUCAAUCACACUCAGGCUACUGGAUCAAGAUCAGUCCCUAUGCCACUGUCAAAUAUAUCAGUGCCAAAAUCAUCAGUUUCACGUGUGCCCUGCAAUGUAGAAGGAAUAAGUCCUGAAUUAGAGAAGGUAUUCAUUAAAGAAAAUAAUGGAAAGGAGGAAGUGUCCAAGCCUUUGGAGAUCCCAGACGGCCGAAGGGCCCCGCUCCCCGCUCACUACCGGAGCAGCAGCACCCGCAGCAUCGACACACAGACCCCCUCCGUGCAGGAGCGCAGCAGUAGCUGCAGCAGCCAUUCUCCGUGUGUGUCUCCCUUCUGUCCCCCAGAAUCCCAGGAUGGGAGCCCUUGCUCCACAGAAGAUUUACUCUAUGAUCGUGAUAAAGACAGUGGGAGUAGCUCACCGUUACCCAAGUACGCUUCAUCUCCCAAACCAAACAACAGCUACAUGUUCAAACGGGAGCCCCCAGAGGGAUGUGAGCGAGUGAAGGUCUUUGAGGAAAUGGCGUCUCGUCAGCCUAUCUCAGCCCCUCUCUUUUCAUGUCCUGACAAAAACAAGGUUAAUUUCAUCCCAACCGGAUCAGCUUUCUGUCCUGUAAAACUUCUAGGCCCUCUCUUACCUGCCUCCGACCUGAUGCUCAAGAACUCUCCUAACUCUGGCCAGAGCUCGGCUCUGGCCACUCUGACCGUCGAGCAGCUCUCCUCCCGGGUUUCCUUUACAUCCCUUACUGACGACACCAGCUCCGUGGGCGCCACGGAGGCCUCCGUCCAACAGCCGUCCCAGCAGCAGCUCCUGCAGGAACUGCAGGGUGAGGAACACAUCUCUGCUCAGAACUAUGUGAUCAUCUAA